AAUUGAAAUUCUAAUCCUGACUAAAAGGACAUUACUUUUCAUGGCCACCUCAACGACGUGAUGCGAACUGUGUGGAGCGCGUUCAUUUUGCUUGUUUUUAUGCUUCAGGGUAACGUAUAUUUAAUGUGUAUGUAUUUAUUGAUAAUUUUGUCGAAUGUCGGUGAAAAAGGGUGCUGACUCAAACUCAAAUCAAGUUCAAACUACUAAAUCUACAGAAAGGAAAGCAUACCAACACCUGUUUCAAGACAAUAAACGUCUGUAACCGCCAUUUUCUUUUUAUGACCAAACGUGCGGUCACAAGAAAAAGGAAGCAACAACGAAUGCAUCCUCUUUGUUAUUGUAAUACAAGUUAAACGUUUUAAUACUAGGAUUGAAUACAGACUCACACCGCAGAUAUUUCAUGCUCUGAAUUCUAUUCUAGGCCCAAAUAAAAUAUGCAUUGAGUUGGUCGGUUAUAAAUGUGACGAACGUUUUAAUUUGUAAGUUAUAACCUCCAAUCCGCAAUACUAUAAACAGUGGUAAAAGUGGAAUUUCUUUUAAGAGCCAAAUGAUCUUUUCUCUUACAAGAAUGAGUAAAACUGCCAACAUACUAUUAUUCUUCAAUCUUUUCCAUAUGUUAUCUAUGUGGAAGCCUAACAGCUUGAAAUGUGAGCAAUGAUAAUUUAAAUAAAUCAGAGAAUCUCUGGUUCCUAAAAGUAGAAAACUGGAAUGACUCUUCCUUCAAAAUACCAAGAAGAGGCAUAUAGGACGCAACUUAUUUCAGACUAGAGAAUUCUUGGACGACCAGAAAGACAGAUAAAGCAUUCACGCGAGCGGAAUCGUCUUCUUCGUUUGUCUGGAAAUUUCUGUUGCUUCCGCUUUUAGACCGAACAAUGGGGAAAAAAUGAUAAAAGGGAAGAUAUUACGGCAUAUACUUUUAUUUAGUAGCGGCAAAAUCAUCCUUAUCUCCGGAAUAAAAAUGCCAGAAAGUUCUUUUUUUCGGAGAAAACACUAUAAUAAACUAAGCCAACUCUACCUCUUCAUUUGAAACUGCAUUGGAGGGCGAAGUCUCGCUAACAAUUCGUCGACAGGGAGACAGAAUAAGUGUUUGUUCUGAAAAAAGCAAUUGCAUGAGCUGUACAUUAGACAUGAAGAAAUAAUGAUUACAAUUUUGUUGAUCCGUGUUGUGCACUUGAGGGCAUUUUAUAUGAACUGAAAGCGAAACGGAGACGAGUAUGUAUUAGUUAUUAUCAAAUACAUAAGAACCGCUAGCAACUGCUAGCUCGAAGUUUGCAUAUUUAACAGGGCGCCGGAUUUUCUCCGCCUUUCUUUUUCUAUUUCUAAAUUGUUUCAUGGCGAGCAGAUUAGCCUUAGCUCACCACUGUUCACUUGGAGGAGUGAAUAGUACAUGAGGAGUCUGAAGAAAAUACUGCUCUCUUAAUUCCGACAAACAUUGGAAAGCAUCCCAAAUUAUCCUAUAUAUAGCUUUCUUGACCGAACAAGCGAGAGGUCAUUAAAAAAGCUGUUAUUUGCCCAAAAUCUCUUUGGGCAAAUGAAUCUCCUCGUGGAUCAUCAUACUGUGGGACCUCCAUAUAAUCGAAGGGCCAAGGAACUGGCAAAAUUUGUGCGCUAUAACGAGGUUUCGAUAUAUCGAGGUUAUUUUUCACAUAAUUUACAUAAUUUUUUUAUAAUUUCAUAAUUUUGAGCAGUCAAGAAGGGAUCAGCCCACCCGCCCACCCCAUUUGUCUACACAAAAUUCUCGUGCGUCUUUCAACACUGCUACCUUAAGCCAAGCUGUUCAAGCCUGGCUUAGACCGCUGAGCAAUAUUAUAUCCAUAUCUUAUUUAACCAAGCAUGAAUGAGAGUCUUGUGAAAUAGAUGACUAUUGCAGUAAUUAUAGGAGUAAAGAAAAUCAUUCGUUAUAUCGAGGCUCCACUGUAAUUUGUCAUAUUACUAAGGAACAGCCAGGAAUUUUUGAGAAGUACGCACGAGUUUCCAAAUCCCCUUGUCGCUCCCUCACCGCACUUUUCAGUGCCAAAUCUUUUUUCAGUAAAGGAGGAGAGGUUAAGUUGUAAGUCAAAGGACCUCAAAGCUUUUCGACUGACCAUCAGUUGUAAAAUUUCGCCCUUUUGGGUUUAUUGACUGAAGCAGGUCAAUUGAUUAUCACUAAUAAAGCCGACAGGUAGGGGAAAACUAUGAUUUUUCAAGUACAAAAAAACCUGUCAUAUAUAGAUAAAGGGGUAUAAAGGUAUUUAUGUUUUAGUAGCAUAAAGUUUUGCUUUUUCCGUCACCAGGUACUGAUGCAUGUUAUCCUAAUCCGUGUGCAAACAAUGGAACAUGUCUGGGUGAAUUGAACAACUACACUUGCAUUUGUGCCCCUGGCUUUCAAGGAGUGAACUGCACAAUUAGUAAGUACUCUGCAGCGAUCUACAAAUAAAUUUUAGGAUGAAAUAAAUGAAACGCGCUUUAAGCCAGUGGCGGAUCCAGGGGAGGGGUCCGGGGGGGCCCAGGCCCUCCCCUUAAUUUUUAGACCAAACUGAGGCCCGAAGGGCCGAAAAAAAAAUUUGUCGAGACCUGUUGUCUAUUUGUUGAAUGUUACACCAUAAAGUCAGUUGCUUCGCCUGUGGGUUCCAAGGGGUCAUCAAACCGUGAAACAAUUUCAAAAUUUUGUCCCUUCUUCUCUUUAAUGUUUCGAAAUAUACUUACUUAAAUUCAUCGUUUGUUAUCGUUUUGAAGUAACCAUCUUUUCAAAUCUUCGCUAAAUUAUGCUAUAUCAAAAGAACUUCAGAGAAGUCGCAACGGCGUUUUCAUUUAAUCGUUAACAACUUGAUUAGAAGCUUAUAUUUCAACUCUACAUGCGCAAUCAAAAUCGCUCAAAAGCAAACACGUCACCCUUCCAUUAUGCGAGAGGUGUGUGGCAAGACUGUAUCUUAAGUCCACUGCUUUUAAUCUUUAUACACAGGUAUUUCGAGAAAGGUUGUCGGAAAAAGUGCACGCGACAAUCCCGAAAGGUAUUGUGGGUGGUUUUGAAUUCACUGUUCUUCAAACAAAUUUGAAAGAAUGGCACGAGAGGCCAUGGACAUAUGUUUGCGACUGCUAAAGGAAAGCAACAAUGGUAGAUUCGACAGCUACAGUGUAUUGAUCAUAUCCCAUAUUUCCUUUCGGGAUUGUCGCGUGCACAUUUUUUUCGACAACCUUUCUCGAAGUAGCUGUAUAAGCGACCUACAUUCCGCAUUAGCUCGCAUUUGAAAAUAUAUUGUCUGAUCCUUUUGUUUUGCCAAACGGUGCAAAAUUAAAUUGACUUUUUUAUGCAGAUGAUUUAAUGAUAUUAUCGCGAUCCAAAACAGGAUUACAAAAUUGCCUUGAUAAGCUGUCUUCCUACGUGCCAGGAAAAAGUAACCUCAAACUAAAGAUAUAACUUGGUACUAAUAUACAAUCAAACUACCAGAGAUAAUAGGAAAUGCCCUCUUUGUGGAUGUAAUCAAAGAGAAGACGAAGUUCACUUUCUCAUUGUUCUAAAUACUCAUCAGUGGCACCCAACGUCAAUUUUCGAAAUAAUCUGUUCGGAAGACGAUUUGAGAUCUAGAAUUUUCGGAACAUUUGUUGUAAAAUUUCUUGCUUGCCCGCCUCUCCUAGGAUUUUCGAACAUCAAAAAUAUCGUAUAAUUGUCCAUUUUUAACAGAUUUUUACCCUAAAAAGGUCACUUAGGAAUUUCGGGAGCCUUUUAUCUGGUUGAAAUUUUCCAAACGGGAAGUUUUGAUCCUUAUAAUUUUCGGAUCACUAAUUAAUAGAUAACCUGUACCGUAAAAUUCCUCAACUUCCUACUUUCCUGGCUGUUUCAAACUUGAAAAUAUCAGCUGCUCUCUUUCCUGACCAUAUUUCAAACGUUCUAGGAUACGAUAACGUCUGCGCGCAAGAUAUUAAAACAUUUUCAGGCGAUGUCUUGGAACGGUACCAAGAGUUUUCUUUCCAAAACGAAUUAAAACUAUAGUUAAAAAAAUAUUCUCUAGAAAUUUCUAAAGUUCGGCAGAGGCUAAAAAUAUUUGGAUAACCAUUUCAUCCAUCUAAGAUAUUCUAUCAGCGUGUUUUUAAAUAGCGCUAUAUAUAGAUGUACGAUUUUUGGAGGUUGUGUCACUUACAUAUUAUUACAAAGUUAUUACGAUAACUUUUUUUUUAAAAAAAGGGUCUUCUGAAAAUUUUAGAAUAAAGAAAAAACGUUCCCUAGAAUUUCCUAAUGCCAGAAAGUACAGCUACUCCAUGCAUCAGGUGAGGGUAGCUAACUGAUUGGCAUGAGAUGAAAAAGCCACCUAAAACUGAAUUUUUCUUCCGAGCCGCCUGUGUCACCGACUGAAUAAAUACCUUUCUCAACUUUCAACACGAUCAAAGAGACAUCCGAACAGAUAAUAGUUUUCAGUGCAGCCACAAAUUUGCCAAACAGGCUUCUAAAGCCUAGGGGAAACCAUUUGAGACACCUCUCAACUGAGCUCAUAUUUGAGCUUAUUUGGAAAAAUUUGGUCGUCGAGAUCCCCUGGUUCGACUCCCAUUCCCCAGACUCUGGUGAUUUAAUUUGCUCCAUUAUAUGUUCGCUGAUAUAUAAUUAUUUGCACGGCGCUUAGAGAUAUAUAUAAAUUAUUGAAUUUUAGUCAGGACUUUCCAUGUCUUUUUCACUUCUAGCCAACAAAACAUGUACAGAUGGAGUGAAUGUCUUCAAUUGCACAUGCUUGCCUUCCAUUUCAAUAGACUUGAGCGUCUUGAAUCAUAGUAAGUGUAUUAAAUAUUCUGUCUUAGUAUUCAGAUUUUUAAAUCAAUCAGUGAAUAUAACCGUAUUCCAAGCGUACUUGUCGCACCACUGGAAAAGUCGUUUCCUAUACGUUAAAGGAUAUUAGGGACGUUAAGAUCCGAGGACGGUGAAGACAAUGAAAACAUCGCUUAUGAGGAGUGAAUUCCCGUUCUUUCAAUCUUCAUUGCGAUUGUUCCAAACCAAAUACCUUGUCAAAUGCAGGCGCAUUCCCCUGGAGUUAAAUCAAAAAUUUCGACGACGCUUGUUUACGCACGCGUCCUCCAGAAAAAACGAAAUUUGCCAUUCACGUCCUAAUCAUGCAGUGGCUGCAAAGAAAUGACGCAGAAGAAAAAAGACAAGUGUGUUGCACGGGAAGCAAGUGAGGCGCAAGCGCAGUGGCCGUUAGAGCACUCGCCUCCCAGCAGUGUGGCCUGGGUGCGAGUCCCGGUUUUGCUGAGGAAUCCAGAUUCCAAGUCAACUGACCAAGAAUCCGGUAUCCAGUUCCUGGCAUCCAGAACCCAUGGUCUGGAAUCCCGACUCCAAGACUGUCUUGGAUUCCGUUACAUGAGGCGAGCUUUGCGUAUGAAACCGGUGGUUUUUCGACGUUCUCGUUGCCUUUGCCGUCGUCGUUGCUACACCCUGGUAAAAGAGAGAGACCUUAUUUUAUGACCCUGAUUCAUGGCUUUUGCAUACAGAAUUAUGUAAAUUUUCAAUACAAGAUCAUGGAACUAAUUGUUUCGGAAAAACUGUUUGUUCCACUAAAUGUAUACCGUCCAUCUGCAGCUUUCACGAUUAUGGGUCGCUUCUGGACCACUUGGAGACGCCAAGUUCUAAAAUUGUAUACCCUGUUUAAGAGUCAGGACCCUGAAAACUAUACCCUGUGAAACGGCAGAUAUCCGUCCAGGCUAAAUAAGGGAGUAGCCCCCCCCCCCCACACACACACCCUUCCCGGGCUAACUAAUUGGAAUAAGAAAAAUUUAAUUUGGCAUUAUGUCAGGAAAUGACCAGUCUUGGAAUGUAUAUGUUCAUAGAAGUUUGGUGCCUGUAUCAAAAAUCCCACAAUUCGCUAGCUAAGCCGCUGGAAUGUUAUAAUUAUUGUAAGUGUUUCCAUGUCUGUUUCUUCUCAGACAUCUAUGACUGUUAUCUAAACCCGUGUCUAAACAAUGGAACUUGCAUUGAUGGACUGAACGACUACAAUUGCUCGUGCGUGCCUGGCCUUGUAAGGGAGAACUGCUCUAAUAGUAAGUUUAACAAUAUCGUAUCACAGUGUUAAACAUCAGGUUUACAAAAUUCAAGUGCGCAUAUACCCGUUUUCCAAGUAAUUACAUAUUUGCGCUCAACAGCAUUUCGUUUCUGCCGGAAAAGUCGCUCUCUAUAGCUCUUUUUAUAAUUUUUAAGAAGAACCUCUCUGUUCUUGUAUGGGAAAGGUUAAGAGAAAACAGUAAUUUGCCUGUUACCAAUGUACGUCAAAUCGAUUCUUCCCUUCCAAUUGGUCAUACCGUUGUACUAUAUACUGUAAUUCACUAUAAUUGCGACGUUCAGAUAUAAAUUGUCUAUUAACGCCAGACUUUCCAUGACCAUUUCUGUUUAGACACUCAGUCUGAUGACUGUUCUCCAAUCCCUUGUCUAAAUAAUGGAACUUGUAUAGAAGAGGCAAAUUUCUUCAAUUGCACAUGCGGGCCUGACUUUGUAAACAAGAGCAGCUCCAAUGGUAAGUUUAAAAUAAGAGAUAUAAGUCUUAGUAUUCAGAUUUUUAAAUUAAUCAUGAAAUAUUACCAUAUUCCAAGUGUACUGCCGCACAACAUGGAUAGCGUUCUUUUCAAAAAUUCGUUUCGCAUAACUGUUAAGGAUUGCAUUUUACUGCAUAGAUAGCAGAAAGUGAUUUUUGUUCAUUCUACUCGCGGUUUAUAGUCUAUCGUUAUCUAUUCCACUCGUGCUUUUGCGAUCUUUGUAAAAAGUCGCGCGUGCCACCAUUAGUGCUUCCUCCCAAACCGCCCCCGCCCCCUAAGUAGUUUUGACACCUCAUGCAAGAUGGCAGCCCGUAACACAAAGCGCUCGAUCUCGAUGAUCUUACGGGAAAAUAGAGGACUGGGAACAGUCUACUAUUCCACAUGUGCUUUUGGGAUCUUUGUAAGAAGUCGCGAGUGCCACCAUAUAUACAUUAGGUGUUUACUCGUGACCAAAUUCUCUAUUCAUAAUUCAAUAAAAUGACAUAGUUUUGUUGACUAGUUGGUUCGUUAUGUAGUUUUCACUGAUUAGAUCGCGAUUUGAUCAAGAUGAGAUUUUUUAAGAAAUGUCUAAGGUUGUUUACUAAAUUUAAUCGCUUAACCAACGGCCAAAAUUUAGCCCUUUUUCAUGAGCUAAAAAAGCGGUCUGGUACAUGGUUUUCACUACCAAGGCUUGCUUUAGCCUGGAAGAGCAUUCUUUUUUCUUCAAAUUGGCGAAAUAAAAUUUUUGGGUAAAUGAAAUCACGAGCGCUGACAAAGCGAAACAAAUGCAAAUGUUACACUAAAAACGGGGGGAAAACGUGACAUCUGACCGAAGCAUACACAAAUGCGAUUUACUGUAGGCGUCAAACGGUGGAUAAACGGUGGAUAAAAUUAUUAAUAAUUCAAAAGGGAUGCGGCACAGCCUGGGCCCGCGGAGCAGUUUUCACAGUGCGAGGGCCGACCACCUCUUUUGAAGUGCAGUUGGUGGGGAGGUGUUGGGGACUUUAAAAUGGUUUACAGUUACUUACAACU